UUUGUUCUUGUUUUUGCUGUAUAUCGUGCUGUGAGACUCAGGCCAUUCAGUUUCAUAUAUGUAAAUUCUUACCGAUGUUCUCAGCUUUUGUCUAGACUCGGCACCCUUUGUAAACUAAUUAUCGGCGUUCUGUCGUCCCCACAGUCGGCGCCAUCUAUUCAUUGUCACCGCAACAUUUCCAUACCUUCGCGGUGGCGUCACUAGCCCUGCCAUUGUCCGAUAAACGUUUUUUUCUAGUCACUUUUAUUUUUAUUUACCGCCCCAAAACCCCUCAAUUCAGACUCGGACACAUUCCUCUGUUUCUGGCGCACAAUUAGUUCAAAUUAUGAUCCAUUUAAUCGCGAUUUUCACCGGUGAAUCCUAGAAGCGCCCACGCCGUCUGAAAGAAACCCACGCCGGCGUCUUUCUCAGACGCGGCGCCUGGCACUUUGUCGUACGGAAGGAUAAGAAGAAAAUAAGAGAGACCAGGACAGCGGGGACAGCACCAUGGCGAGGGAGCGUCAUGUUGCACCGGCGGAGCGACCUCAGGCCUACUCCGACGCCAUCUUUUCCAUCGUUGCCACUAUUAUGAUCGUUCCCCUGUCGGGAGAGGCUGUUUCAGAAAUCGCCGAAAAUGAGAACCUCCUGGCUGGUUUAGGAGAAAUCUGGUUCAAACUGUUGGUCUACGCGAUAUCGUUUGGUCUGGUGUCCUCUACCUGGGACAUGCACGCCUGGGUGUUCCGGAUGAUAGAGAAAGUGAAUGAGACUAUUGUGCUCCUGAACCUGGGUGUUCUAAUGGUAGCGACCUUUCUGCCAUAUGCGUUCCUGAUGUUUGCUGAGCAUCCCAGAGAGCAACUCGCCGUGUUGCUGUUUUCUGGCUGUAUUAUACUUCAGGGCAUUUUCAUGCUGGCAAUCUUGUGGCAUGCCUAUUCCAGACCCAACCUGCUUAAAACAGAAUUGGUCCAGAAAGGGGAAGAGGAAAUGAAAUUUCAGCGCACCCGAGCUACCGUCAAGCUGUUGAUCAGGCCGAUUAUUGUCAUCAUCGCCAUUCCUGUCAGCUACGGGUCUAUCGAAGUCGCAUGGGCGCUUCUUGUUCUGAUGACACUCAAGCCGAUUAUAUUCAUAGCUGUGGACGCGAUCAUGACAUGUGUUAGAGGAAACGUCCAAGCUGGAACCAAACUCUUGAAGCUGUCUCGCCUCUACUCGGAGACGUCGGAUGUGAUCAGGACAAAUGCCUACAGUGACGGUGUUUACGCCAUCGUGGCCACCCUCAUUAUCUUGGACAUUUGUGUGAACAACGUUCCGCACACUGGGUUGGUAGACAUCCACGGCACUUUGGCAGAGGCUCUUUCCCGGGAUGCAAAUGUCUUCCUGUCUUAUUCUGGAACCUUCGUGACAAUUUGUCUCUUGUGGUACCUGCAUCACUCGAUCUUCUACCACAUACAAGCCCAAAAUUCAUUGCUGCUGAACUUCAACAAGCUGGCGCUUAUGUUUGCUGGAUAUCUCCCAAUCGUGUUCAAGUUAACGGGAGAGUUUGGGGGACACUUGGUGCAUAACGACAAUUCCUCGGUAGCUGUACAGCUGAACAGCGGCACGGUGUUUCUGGCCAGCAUCUGGCUGCUGGUCAUAUGGAUCACGGCUUGGUGUAAGAAAUCCGAGCUACUUCAACCGUCUGCUCACGAUGUACGUGACUGUGUGUUCAUGUGCCUGAACCUGCUCAUCUAUCCCAUUGUCAGUUUGGUGAUUUUCUGCGUCUGUUUCGUCGUUCCUGUUUCCUCUGCAGUCAUCAAUGGGGUACAAAUCGGCCUGAUUCUGGUAUUCAUACUUCUGAAGCUUCUUCGUAACUGGACACAGAGAUUCGUGAAGGCGGAAGAACCGAGGAAAUCUCCAGAAAUAGACGAAGAAGUCGCAAACGUCAAGACAGAACCAGAGGAGCCCAGUAAAGAGGAUCAAGAGGGGAUCGACAACCCCGUCGAAAUCGAGUCUACGUCUUUGUAAAUCCCCUAAAUGGGCCUUUUGUGUGUUGCUUGUGUUGCUGUACAUAUUCCCUUUAGACAUAUGUUUAGCGGGAAAACUACAUUAUUAUCAUUAUUAUCAUUAUUAUUAUCUUGUAUUAGGCUGCAUCGUGUACACCGUAAAUCAUGCGCCACACCAGGAAAAUAGCUCAAUCGAAGAGCCUGCGAGCUCUGAAAGGCCACACUGAGUGGAUGACAUACUCUAAAGACCCCCAAACUAGUGCGUGCUGGUGAAUAAAAAAAAUUCCAGCCAAAUAAAUGCUGCUAGACCACAGGGA